AUGGCUCGUGGUCCCAAAAAGCAUAUGAAGCGUUUGAAUGCUCCCAAGCACUGGAUGCUUGACAAGCUUCUCGGCUCGUACGCUCCUAAGCCCAGCGCUGGUCCUCACAAGACCCGUGAGUGCUUGCCACUCAUCAUCUUUUUGCGUAACCGCUUGAAGUAUGCUUUGAACGGCCGUGAAGUCCAAGCUAUCCUCAUGCAACGUUUGGUCAAGGUUGACCACAAGGUCCGCACUGAUUCUACCUUCCCUGCUGGUUUCAUGGAUGUUAUUUCCAUCGAAAAGACUGGUGAAAACUUCCGUCUCGUCUAUGACGUUAAAGGUCGCUUCGCCAUCCACCGCAUUACCGAUGAGGAGGCCAAGUACAAGUUGUGCCGUGUCAAGAAGAUCACCAUUGGCAAGAAGGGCAUCCCUUACGCUGUUACCCACGAUGGCCGCACCAUGCGUUACCCCGAUCCCGCUAUCAAGGUCAACGACUCUGUCCGUUUCGAUUUAGAGAACAACAAGAUCACUGACUUUGUCAAGUUCGAUGUUGGCAACGUCUGCAUGGUUACCGGUGGUCGUAACAUUGGUCGUGUUGGUAUCAUCACCCACCGUGAGAAGCACAUUGGUGGUUUCGAGAUUGUUCACGUCAAGGAUUCUCUCGACCGUGUCUUUGCUACCCGCAUCUCUAACGUCUUCGUCAUUGGUGCCGGUAACAAGCCCUGGAUCUCUCUUCCCAAGGGUAAGGGUGUCAAGCUCACCAUUGCUGAAGAGCGUGAUCGCCGCAGAGCUGCCGCUGCUGCUGCCCACUAA